AUGGGUUCCCUCACAACACUCGAGUCUCGUCCACGAAUGGCCCUGCCAGACACCCCACCAGAACUGGCGAGCCCGACGACUACUUCCCUAUCUUCCAGAUCCUCCCCCUCGGCAGAUCACGUCUGGCCCUCGCAAUCGCUAGCCGCCCUGCCAAUGUCCAGCUAUGACAAGACGGCCGGCCGUGACCAUGGCGCCGACGACCGUCGAGAGGGCACGCCGCCGAGCGCGUCCAGAAACCCGCAGCGCGAGCAGCUGCCUCCCCUCAGCAGCAUUUUUGGACCCCCGUCCUCCAUGCGGCCGCUGAGCGCCCUCCCGCCUCCGUAUCCGAUGCACUCGCCGCUCAGCCGUCCGCAUCUGCUGGCCGCACCGACCCAGAGCCCGCCACCGUACCUCCCCUCGCUGGCGGCGGACCCCAGAGCCGUCACCUCGUCGCACAUCAUGGGGCGGUCCUAUUCUGGCUCCAGAUCACCCAGGACCGGCGAAUCGAGGAUCGAUCGGGGCGACGGAGAGCAGCCCCAAUGGCCCCAGCAGGAUGCCGGCCGGCAGCAAGUAGAGUACGUGCUCGACGAGCCGGGCGCGUCUCGCAGGCACCUCCCGGAGUCGAGGGACGACGCGACCGAGUACAAGAACGAGGCAGGCGGCGGCGGCGGCAGCGGCACAGGGACCGCCUCGGAGAGUUCCGUCGACAAGGACGCCCUGGGCCCCAAGAUCUGGGCCGGCACGCACUACCUGCCGCGCUUCGUGCGGCAGGCCGAGGUCCCCGGCGAGGGCAUGUGCUACUUCUACGACGACGGCACCCACUGCAAGACGGUCAUUGAUGGGGAGCGCGUCAACGCGCUCUGGGGCGUCACCAAGGCGGGCAAGCCGCGGAAGCGGCUCGCCAUCGCGUGCGUCAUCUGCCGCGAGAAGAAGAUCAAGUGCGACCCGGACUAUCCGCGGUGCGUCCAGUGCGACAAGUUUGGCCGCGUCUGCACGUUCAAGACGGCCCCCAGGGGCGGCCACACCACCUCGCCCUCGGCGCAGCCGGCGGAACUCGUCCACGGGAACAACGCGGCGUCGUCCCCGCGAGCGGCUUCUCGAUCCUCGAGAUCACCCGUGGCCCAGCCAGCCGCUCAGAGCUUCGAGGAUGGCGGCAACAAGCGUCAGAAGCUGGGUGCCGGGUCCUACAGCCCUUCAAGAAGCAGGGAGUUUGCCCGCCCCGACGUCAUGGACCAUUCCAAAUCACCCCAGGUAUCGCAUCGACAUCCAUCGGACGCUUCCCGCAUCCCGGAUGAUGUCCUGGCGCGGGCCUGGCAUACGGACGUGUACGCAUCUGACCCUCACUCCGUCAAGGCCAUAACCGACGUCGUCACGCAAUUUUUUCUUCACGCCGACUCGGCCAUGCUCCUCAAGUUCCUGCCCGAGACGGCUUGGAAGGCACACGUCGCCGACCAGACCCGUCGAAAGCGCCUGGAGGACUUGAUGCUUCUCUAUAGCGUGCUCACCCUCGGGAUGGCUCUCUCCGGCGGCCCCAAGAACAUCGCGUUUGAGUACUGCCAAGUCGCGCAUUAUGCGCAGAAGAACCUGAGGUUCGACUGCCUGCAGCUCGUCCAGAGCCGCAUCAUCCUGGCCGCGUACUACAUCUCCGUUGAUCGCAUCUACGAGGCCAACGAGCUGCUAUCGUCCGCCUCAGCCGUCGCAGGCAGACUGCAGCUGACCGUGGAGCUCGAAAAGUCCGUCGCGGCGAACGUGAUGGUCUACCCGUUUGGCAUGACCCGGACCGGGUACAAGGAGAGCCGCCGCCGCACGCUGUGGUCGCUCUUCCUGCUCGAGAGGUUCAACGGGGUGUUUCCCCACAGGUCGGCGGCGAUGAUCAACCCGGAGGAUCUCUACAUCCGCCUGCCCACCGACGACCAGAGCUUCGAGGCGCAGGUCGAGCGGGACGAGCCGCUCUUCGACCCGUACCACCCGGCGCCGUCCUCACGACUCAACGUCCUGGCCGGGCUCGUGGAGAUGGCCCAUCUCUGGUCCGACUGCCAGGCCACACUGGGCCUCAUGGCGUGUCGCCCGGCCGCCGACGAGGCGGCCAGGAUGCAGACCCUGGCGAACAAGAUUGGAAGCUGGUUCACCUCCCUCCCCGAGAACCUGUCCUUUUCGACGAGUAACCUGCAAGACUCGGCGUACGCGGGCAGCGCCGGGUCGUUCCUCUCCAUGCAUCUGCUGCACCAUCACGCGAUGAUCAAGGCGAGCCGCCACCAUCCCUCGGCCGCGUCCCUGCACGGGCCGCAGGCGCAUGGCAGCGCCGCGCGCAGCUGCUUUGCCCAUGCCCGGGGUAUCGUGGACCUGCUGCAGACCGUCGAGAGGUUGCGCCGCACUCGACCCUCGUCGGCGCCUGCGCUGCUGCCCCGCGUGGCGGCCGCGGCGGUCGUCGAGGCGGUGGACGUCCUGAACGCCAGCGGCGCCGUGCGGAACCUGCCCGGCCAGAUCGACGGCGUGAGGGAGGCGCUUGCGUGCUUCGAGCGCCUGUCCUGGACGUGGGAGGACCUGGCUCGCUCCGAGGCUGCGGUUCGCAGACGGCUGGACGAGCUGCUGCACAUUCUCGAGCAGGGGCCGAGACCAACAGGGCCGAGCCAGGGCUACCGCAUCUUGGAGACGGUUUCCGACACCUACUGGCAAAUACACGAGCCGAUCAAUACCCAACUACCCAAAGAGAUGGAUGUGGUGUACACGAUGCCUCUCUAG